AUGAAUAUUUUACAAAGAAAUGAUAGUGUAAUUGUUAACACAACUUCUAAUCCCGCUAUUAAUAUCAUUUAUGCGGUUAUUGGUAGUUCUGCUAUUAUUGGUAACGUCUUCGUUAUUGCAUUAAAUGUUAUUCAUCGCCCUAUGCUACGUCAAAUACCUAAUAAAUUCGUUGUCAGUUUAGCUGCUUCCGAUGCUAUUAGCGGUGUAAUAAUAUUUAUUAUGCCGGGUUAUGCCCUCCCUGUUGACCGCUAUUUCUAUCCAAAGGAUAUUUUUAUAGGAUCUUUCUUCUGUAGCUUGAUUGAUUCUAGUGUCUUAUUUUUUACCUCUGGAUUUAUCUCCGUCUAUACUAUUGCAAUCAUUAGUUUAGAGAGAUGGUAUGCUGUUUCUCGUCCUUUUCUAUACAAGCGAAUAUUUACUAAAAAUCGUGCAAGAUUUUGUAUCGCUUGUAUAUGGUUGUUUGUGCCCAUAACUCUUAUUGAUGGCAUUCUACAAAAACGUUUCGUCCCCAAUUUAUUCCCACCAUGUCAGUGGUUUAGCUUAUUUGGCGAUGACAUUACAUCGGCUAACAUUGUAUUUAUGAUUAUUGAAUCCGUUCGAAUAUUUCUCCCGGUUAUCAUUACGAUGAUUAGUUUUGCUGAUGUAGCUAGAAGAAUGUCUGAUGGCAGGGAUAUUAAAUUAAGUGUUAGUAAUUCCAUGCGAGUUUUAAUCAGACGACGGUUUACAACCAUGUUAUGUAUUGCAGCUAUUGCCUUGAUUUUAUGUUGGCUACCGAACGAAAUUUACUUUACCUUGGUUCAAUUACGUGUUGUGAAAUAUGAGCCAAUUGUCCAUGCCAUUACCAAGACAUUAAUUGUGAUAAAUUGUUGUAUUAAUCCUAUCAUUUAUGCGGCUACUAAUAGCAUCUAUCGUCAAGGUAUGAUCCGAUUGCUUCAUCGUAUAGGUCGUUGUAUAAGAUGCAAGAACGCACCAGCGAUAAAUCCAGCUGGCGUUGGUUCGCCUAGAACGGCAACGAUUGAUAAUUUAUAG